GUGCAUAAUUUUUUAUUAUAUAAUUUUCACGUUGCUCUAAACUCACGCACUACUCGCGCUGUCAAAAGCACUCAACUCCCUACCAUGCCGACCAUCGAAACAUCUACACACUACACCCUCACCAAUGCCCUUCUCGGCCCCUCAAGAGCCCUAGCAUCCGCCUCAAACAACGACUCUAUAAUCAUUGUAGACGUCAGCACCCGCUCCGACUCGUACGACCAACAAUGGUACUUUACCGAAACUAACAACUCAAACCGGUACCGGCUGCACACGGUUCAAAAGGGAGAUUUCCACGCUGUCGACGUCUUCAGCUACACGGGCAAGAAUAGUCUCGAUGUACAUUUUUUUAGUACCGGGAAUUACACGGGACAGUAUUGGCAGAUUGAUGAGUGGGAUGGUGGGAGUAAGAGGAUCAGUAAUGAUUUCACUGGCCCGGAUAUUCAUCUUGGUGUUUUGAAUGAUACGCUAGAGGUUAAGCUUGCGGGUGGGGAUAAUCCGGGACAGCAUUGGAUGCUGAAUCGGUUUGGUGCGAUGUCGACAGCCUCGUCUUCUACCACACCUACCGCGGUGGCAACUACUCUCGUUACAGCUACUACUACAAUUACUGCGAAGCCAAGCAUAUGCACAUCCACAGGGUCUCUAUGUACAUCAACAGCAGCUCCUACUGCUUCGCCUAGUAAGACACUCGCCAAAGGCACGCUCGCGGGCGUCGUUGUCGGUGUGGUGGCCGGUGCAAUUCUACUCGCCAUAAUUGUGCAUCUCCUUUGGUCAAAACGAAAGGCAAAUUACGAACCAGUAAAUCUGCCCAAUCCAAGCCAACCGAUGGUUCCCCUUGAUAAUUAAUAUCUUUUUUACCUAUUCAUACCGCGAGGAAGGUGACUAGCAAUGGCAGGGUUGGGAGGCGAUU